UUUGAACGGAUGAGUAUGUUGGUCAUCUUGCUGAACUGUGUCACCCUUGGAAUGUUCCAGCCCUGUCAGGACAGCACCUGCGAGUCAGAACGUUGCAAAAUUCUGAAGGGAUUUGAUGAUUUCAUCUUUGCAUUCUUUGCUGUGGAGAUGAUUGCCAAGAUGAUUGCGCUGGGUAUCUUUGGACCAAAAUGUUACCUCGGUGACACUUGGAACCGUCUCGAUUUUUUCAUUGUUGUUGCUGGUAUGUUAGAGUAUUCACUGGACCUGCAGAACGUCAGUCUAUCAGCAGUCCGGACCGUGAGGGUCCUGAGACCACUACGAGCUAUUAACCGAGUUCCUAGUAUGCGGAUAUUGGUGACCCUGCUGCUGGACACUUUGCCUAUGUUAGGCAACGUACUUCUCCUCUGUUUCUUUGUCUUCUUUAUUUUCGGCAUUGUUGGGGUCCAACUAUGGGCAGGGCUUCUACGAAACAGGUGCUUUCUUGAAGAAAACUAUACCAUACCUGCCUCCCAAGAGUUGGAUCGAUAUUAUCACACAGAAAAUGAUGAUGAAAACCCCUUCAUUUGCUCUCUCAUGAAGGAUAACGGAAUGCGUUAUUGUCGCACUGUGCCACAAAGACGAGUGAACAACAUUGAUUGUACCUUGGAUGAUGCAAGUUACUUCCUGUUACAGGGUAACACCACAAACAAUGCCAGCUGUGUAAACUGGAAUCAGUAUUAUACCCAGUGCCAGCCUGCUGAUCACAACCCAUUCAAAGGAGCCAUCAACUUUGAUAACAUUGGAUAUGCAUGGAUAGCAAUAUUCCAGGUUAUAACCCUUGAGGGAUGGGUUGACAUCAUGUAUUUUGUUAUGGAUGCUCAUUCCUUUUAUAAUUUCAUCUACUUCAUCCUGUUGAUAAUAGUUGGAUCAUUUUUUAUGAUCAAUUUAUGUCUGGUUGUCAUAGCAACCCAGUUUUCUGAAACCAAGCAACGUGAAAGCCAACUGAUGAAGGAGCAGCGAGUUCGCUUCAUGUCCAACGCAAGCACGCUGGCCAGUUUCUCUGAACCAGGGAGCUGCUACGAUGAGCUCUUAAAGUACAUUGGCCACAUGCUGCGGAAGGCCAAGCGCGAGGCCGUGCGCGUUUGCUAUGUCGUGGUGGCCAGAAGGGGAGUGCAGUUUGCCAACAGGAGCGGGCCGCGCGCACAACCCCGCAAGCGGCGGAAACGGAAACGGGCAGGGUCUGUCCAUCACCUAAUUCACCACCAUCACCAUCACCAUCAUUACCACGUGAGCAAUGGAACCCCGCGGGCACCACCAGCCAGCCCGGAAAUCAGCGAUGUGGAAACCAACUCUGCACACAAUGGUGGCAACAGACUAAUCGUGCUGCCCUCACCUCUGUCCAGUCUGCAAUCCCCCCCUCCUCCUCCAUCACCUACCACUGCCGCUCCUGGCAACACUGAGUCUGUCCACAGCAUCUACCAUGCCAACUGUCACAUUGAGCCAAUCCAAUGCAAAUCUCCCCUCAUGCAAGACGUAGGCUUGAUACCCCCAGAUGCACUCCAGAAGAAUUUGGAUAUCAAAAGCUACCCAACCGUGCACCCCAGCUCCCCACACCAGGUGAUCAACCUCAACACCAAAGGUGAGAAGACACUUAAAGAUGCAACAUUGAAUCCUGAUGGCGCAAAGGAAAAUCUCAACAUCCCAGCCGGACCAUACCGGAAGAUGCAUCGACUGCUGGAAACACAGAGUGCCGGCCCUUGUAAAGGAUCCUGCAAAUUGUCAGGUCACUGCUUACCUUAUAGCUCUCCCAGUGGAACAGCCGACAUUCUGAACUGCGAUCCACAGAGCUGUCCCAUCUGCAUCAGGAGCAAUGAAUCCAAUAUGACGGACAAUGAGACGUUGGAUUCAGAGAGUGAGGGUGUGUAUGAGUUCACCCAGGAUGCUCAGUACAAUGACCAACGAGACCCUGAACGCAAGCAACCCAGAACAAAGAAAUGCUGGGCAUUUUGGAACAUGAUCUGCAACACCUGUCGCAAAAUUGUUGACAGCAAAUAUUUUGGUCGUGGAAUAAUGAUUGCUAUUCUCAUCAACACACUAAGCAUGGGGAUUGAAUACCAUGAACAGCCAGAGGAACUAACUAACGCACUGGAGAUCAGCAAUAUUGUCUUCACCAGCCUGUUCGCAUUGGAAAUGCUCUUAAAGAUCUUGGUGUAUGGGCCUUUUGGCUACAUCAAGAAUCCUUACAACAUCUUUGAUGGUAUCAUUGUAGUUAUCAGUGUGUGGGAGAUUGUGGGCCAGCAGGGCGGAGGCCUGUCAGUGCUGCGUACCUUCCGGCUGAUGCGAGUGCUGAAGUUGGUGCGGUUUAUGCCAGCCCUGCAACGCCAGCUGGUGGUCUUGAUGAAAACAAUGGACAAUGUUGCCACCUUCUGUAUGCUGCUGAUGCUAUUCAUCUUUAUCUUCAGUAUUCUGGGAAUGCAUCUUUUUGGCUGCAAGUUUGCAUCAGAAAAUGAAGGAGACACUCUUCCUGACAGAAAGAACUUUGACUCACUUCUCUGGGCUAUUGUAACUGUCUUCCAGAUAUUGACUCAAGAGGAUUGGAACAAGGUCCUCUAUAAUGGGAUGGCCUCCACCUCUCCAUGGGCUGCUUUAUACUUCAUAGCCCUCAUGACAUUUGGGAAUUAUGUUCUCUUUAACUUGUUAGUUGCCAUUUUGGUGGAAGGAUUUCAGACUGAGGGAGAUGUCUCAAAGUCGGACUCAGAGGCUGACUUUUAUUGUCAGAGCCUGGAUGAUGAUAGCGGAAGCAGAAAGGAUCUUCCAAAUACUGCGCUGAUGACAGCAAAUGGUAAUUUGGAUGUUAAAACCAGUCUGACCCCACCGCUCAUCAUCCACACCAAUGCAACACCAAUGCCAACACCAAAGGGGAUGCUUUGUGGUGAUUCUGUGCACAUGUACAGUGAUUCCCGCAGAGGUAGCAAUGUAUCAGUCGAUCCCAAUUACUACGAGCAGAAGUCACCGUCGAGUGCACGUAGCUCCCCCUACGCCCCUUGGAGCACAGCCAGUAGCUGGAACAGUCGACGCUCGAGCUGGAACAGCCUUUGCCGAGCACAAAGCCUAAAGCGCAAGCACCAGUCUGGGGAACGAAAGUCCCUCCUCUCGGGUGAUGGCAAAGAAAGUUCUGAAGAAGGCGAUGGAUCUGAGGAUGAGAAAGCCAGUCAGGCAGGUGGAGAGAGGGGGCCUGCUCCUCUGCGCCUGGAAUCUCUGGAGAUGAAGAGUUCUUUCGAUAUUCCUGAAACCCUGCAGGUGCCCAGUCUUCACAGAUCCCCCAGCAUCCAUAGCAGCAGGACCCCACCACUAGACUGCCAGGACUGUAAUGGUAAGAUGUCCCCAGUCAACAUGCUACGCCAGCUCCAAGUGGAUGAACAGCGAGCUGAGUUCGAGAAUGCUGAAGACGAAGUUGAUAUGAGCAAAGGCACACAGUUGCUGGCAUGGAUUCAAAGCAAGCUGCCGCCAUGUUUCAAGGAGCGGGAGGGAUGGUCGCUCUAUCUUUUCCCACCACAGUCCAAGAUUCGACGUGUUUGCAGCAGAAUUAUUUCACACAAGAUGUUCGACCACAUAGUUCUUGUUAUUAUCUUCCUGAACUGCAUCACUAUUGCCAUGGAGAGACCUAAGAUCGAUCCUAAGAGUGCAGAGCGAAUCUUCUUGACACUCUCGAACUAUAUCUUCACAGUGAUCUUCCUGAGUGAGAUGGCAGUAAAGCUGGUUGCAAUGGGCCUUCUUUUUGGGAAGAAGACUUAUCUCAAGAGCUCUUGGAACAUUCUGGAUGGGCUACUGGUGAUGAUAUCAGUCAUCGAUGUUCUAGUCUCCAUGGUCUCAGAUAGUGGAACGAAAAUUCUUGGAAUGCUGCGGGUCCUUCGACUGUUGCGCACCCUGCGGCCUCUCCGGGUAAUCAGCCGAGCACCAGGUCUUAAACUCGUUGUUGAAACACUCAUGUCCUCCCUGAAGCCCAUUGGGAAUAUUGUGGUCAUCUGCUGCGGAUUUUUCAUCAUCUUUGGCAUCCUAGGUGUCCAGCUCUUCAAAGGGAAGUUUUACUUCUGUUUUGGGGAAGACAUAAGAAAUGUUACCAACAAAUCUGACUGUAUUCAAGGCAACUACAUGUGGAUCCGACACAAGUACAACUUUGACAACUUGGGGCAGGCCCUGAUGUCCUUGUUUGUUCUUGCAUCGAAGGAUGGGUGGGUUGACAUUAUGUAUGACGGUUUGGAUGCAGUAGGGGUGGAUCAACAGCCGGUCAUGAACAACAACCCAUGGAUGCUCCUUUACUUUAUCUCCUUCCUGCUCAUCGUGGCCUUCUUUGUGCUGAACAUGUUUGUCGGGGUGGUGGUGGAGAACUUCCACAAGUGCCGGAAGCACCAGGAGGUGGAGGAGGCCAAGCUGCGCGAGGAGAAGCGUCUCCGACGCAUGGAGAAAAAGAGACGGAAAGCACAGUGUAAACCUUAUUAUUCUGAUUAUUCUCCUGCUCGCCUUUUCAUCCACAAAAUGUGCACAAGUCAUUACUUGGAUUUGUUCAUCACGGUUGUGAUUGGGCUGAAUGUAAUCACCAUGGCAAUGGAACAUUAUCAGCAGCCAAAGACCCUUGAUGAGGCGCUUAAGAUCUGUAACUACAUCUUCACGAUUAUCUUUGUCCUGGAGUCUGUAUCCAAAUUAGUGGCCUUUGGUUUCCGCCGGUUCUUCAAGGAUAGAUGGAACCAGCUGGACUUAGCUAUUGUAUUGUUAUCCAUUAUGGGAAUCACCCUUGAAGAGAUUGAGGUGAAUGCUUCUCUGCCAAUCAACCCCACUAUUAUUAGAAUCAUGAGAGUGCUCCGGAUUGCUAGAGUCCUCAAGCUCCUGAAGAUGGCAGUCGGAAUGAGAGCCUUGCUGAACACAGUAAUCCAGGCUCUACCACAGGUCGGAAAUCUUGGCCUCUUGUUCAUGCUGCUGUUUUUCAUAUUUGCAGCUCUUGGAGUUGAACUUUUCGGGGACCUAGAAUGUAAUAUCGAUCAUCCCUGUGAGGGUUUGGGACGACAUGCCACUUUCCGAAAUUUUGGGAUGGCUUUCCUCACCUUGUUUCGAGUAUCAACUGGAGACAACUGGAAUGGAAUAAUGAAGGAUACAUUACGAGAUUGUAACCAAGAGGGCACAUGUUACAACACAGUCGUGUCCCCAAUCUACUUUGUCUCAUUCGUACUGACAGCUCAGUUUGUGCUGGUAAACGUCGUCAUUGCGGUGCUGAUGAAACAUCUGGAGGAGAGCAAUAAAGAGGCGAAAGAGGAAGCAGAACUUGACGCAGAGCUGGAACUGGAAUUAAAAAUGCUAAAUACCAAUCAAGGCAAUAUGGACAGUAUUACUUGGGGAGGCAGUGAAGGGAGAGAUGCAGGUGACAGUCCGGGAAGUCCGUCUGAGUCGCUCCAAAUCAAAAUGGAUUCACCAUUUUCUUUAGAACGACCACUGGACAAGCAAUUUUUUGACAACGUCUCCCUGCUGAUCCAAGGUUCGUUGGAAGGAGAGCUAACCCUCAUGGACAAUCUCUCGGGUUCAGUUUGCCACAACUAUGCCAUCUCACAGCAAAACAAAUGCUGCACUGAGAAACAGGCUGAGCACACUCAAGAACAAGAGGUGAAGAAGGAGAUCCAAGAGAAGAACCUUCUCACUGUGAGGAAACCGUUUGUUGGCCGCACACACUCUCUGCCCAAUGAUAGCUACAUGUUUCAGCCUGUCAACCCCGCUCCAUUAGAAGGUCUGCAGGGGUCAGAAAAUGAUCACAAGACACAGUCUGGUUCAACCACAUCGGUUCGUUCUCAGCCCACAGACACCAGUGGCCACCUCCAAGUUCCUAUGGAGUUCCUCCCUGUCAGCCAUCAGAACAGUUCUGAUUCUGAAAAUAUCCCGAAGAUUCCUCCCCCUCGGAAACCUCUGAGCGCCCACAGAAUGCUGCGUAGACAGGUCGCUGUAACAAAUGACGCUCUGGAUCCACUGUAUACGGAUUCUAAGGAAAAUUUGCAGAUACAGCCUAAUAAUGAACCUUCGUCCUUGAAUGUGUCUGUGCCCUGUGUGUCUGCUGUACAACCGUCUAUGGUGUUAGUGCCUGCCUCACCCAACUCACCAACCAAACACAGUGUCCACAUCCAACAACACAGCCAUAACCAGAGAAACAUUACUAAUUAUGUGACUUCCCCACGUCACAUUCGGAACCCGUUCAGGGAACUCCCUGACUCAGCAGACCAGGAAGUCUCACAAAUCAACAGCAACAAGCGAGCUGCCAAACUUCCCGUGUGCCCCCCACUACCCACAAAAAUCUGCAGCAGCACAGGAAACCUCACGAUGAAGGACAUCAAAAAGUUUUACAGUGUGGAUGCGCAAGGAUUCUUGGCCAAGCCCACAUCGUGGUUAAAUGAUCUUCGGAGACAUUCAAUUGAGAUCUGCUCAUCUGUUGAAGCAAGUCCUCAGCACCGUUUGUCCUCAUCAUCAUGUUAUGCCGUUGGCCAGGCAGAGUCUGAACAGGAGAGUAGCGUGCAAGUAGUGCGACAAAAGCAGAAAAUGAGUCCUCCCUGCAUUUCGAUAGACCCGCCAGAGGGCCAGCGCACUACGCUGCAAGGAACUCACGGACAAUUGUCUUCUAGUGACAUGUGCUUGAGAAGGCGUGCUCCAUCUUGUGACUCAGCGCUUCACAGAGACUCUGUUGACCUUGGAGACCCACCGCCUCCUGAAACCACGCCAGCCUCACCAUCCCCGACAAGGGAUUUGCUGACUCUUCCCAGUUUUUCCCUGGAUCAGACUGAGACUGACCAUUGAACGAAAGUGUUCGUUUGUUUUUGUUGCCAAAAAAAAACACAAUUUAUUUUCCAUUCCUAACAUCAACAAAAAUAUCUGCAUUUUGACAGGCACUGGAGGCCAAGCCCCCAUCAACACCCUUCACCCCAUCCAGACAGUCACCAAGGGUAUGGAGCCCUGCCUUGCCAGAGCAUGCUGCUCUGCCUUGCAGUCAAGCAGAUGGUUUUGACUGACCACUUAGUCCAGUGCAGUGGAGCGUCACUUUUUUUAAAUGCACAAGGGUAUUUUCAUUUGAAAUUGGAUGUAAUACAUCAAGUGGCAAUAUUUUCUCAAAAACUUCCAGAACAUUCCAAAGUUUACUUUGGAUCUCAGAUUGGGACGUUAACGAUGGGCCUGCUAUCAGCAUUCCCAGAAUGUUUUAAGGUGUUAAUUGAAGCUAAUUUAAAGUCCAAUGAAUUGGUCUGGACAUUUUCUUUAUUCCCUUUAAGGCAUAAAGCAAAGAUCCAGUCAUUAAUAUAUUUAGAAAAUAUAUAUAUAAAUAAAGUAACAUGCAAUAUUUACUCAGUCUGUGUGCUUAAGUGAAAUUAUUGGUGCCUGGUAUCAAAAAAUGGCACUCCACUGUAACCGUGACUCUUAUGGUCAUCUCAGCUUGUAAAAGAUGGCAUAAGCAUGAGACAAUAUUAAAAUGUAGUUGCUGUUAUUGGUUUUA